AUGACUGAAUCCAAGCGGAUUAAACUGGACGAAGUAAAAAACCCAGUCAUUGUGACGCACUCAGGCACAUUUCACGCCGACGAUGCUUUGGCCGUGAGCAUGCUUCGCAAACUGCCCGUUUUUGCGGAAGCGGAGCUUGUAAGGACGCGUGAUAUGGACAAAAUUGCAAACGGAACUAUUGUCGUGGAUGUCGGCGCCGAGUAUGACCCUGCACGCCAACGCUACGAUCAUCACCAGCGCGGGUUUAUGGAAACGUUUGACGACGAACACACUACAAAACUGAGCAGUGCAGGUUUGAUUUGGAAGCACUUUGGCGAGCACAUUUUAGCUGCUCACUUGAAUUUGGGUUUGGAUAAUGGCCUCGUGCGACUAUUUUUUAAGAAAAUGUACGAUGACUUUGUCGAGGCCAUUGACGCUAUCGACAAUGGCAUUUCUCUGUACCCUGAAGUAGCAGGUCCGCCAAGGUACCGCUCGCGCACAGACUUAUCUUCACGCGUUGGACAUAUGAACCCGCGCUGGAAUGAACCUUUCGAAGAGUCCGAUCUUUUGGUGCGGUUCCGCCGCGCGUCGCAAAUGGCAGGAAGUGAGUUCUUUGAGCGUGUGGACGACAUGAUGCUGGCGUGGUACCCUGCGCGACAAAUUGUGCAAGAGGCUAUUGAGGCCCGCAAAUCAUUUGAGGGCGCAGAUCCGCAGGGACGCAUAGUGCUUUUUGACAGGAUUGUCGGCUGGAAGAGCCACAUGUACGAACUCGAAGCGGAGAUGGAAAUAUCCGGUGAUGAGCAGCCGCUAUAUGUGAUUUACCCUGACGAGUCUGGGAAAUGGCGUGUACAGGCAGUGCCCGUGAGCUUGGAAAGCUUUACUAGUCGACGUGCAUUGCCCGAGCCGUGGCGCGGUAUUCGGGACGAGCAGCUGAGUGAGCUCACAGAGAUUCCUGGCUGUAUUUUUGUGCAUCAGUCCGGCUUUAUUGGCGGGAAUGCGACAAAAGAAGGCGCGCUGAAAAUGGCUCGGAAGGCGCUUGCGUAA